CGGCGGUCUGAGGAGUGCAGCAGCGCGCUGACUUACACAUCCCCUCUCCCGCGGGGGUAGGUCAGUGCCGCUCAUCCAGGCUUCCCCAACCUCGGGUCAAGCUGUUUGUCUCGGCCUGCUGCGGUACCUGCUUAUCUAGCUAGGUCGGCACAAUGUGAAGUUCCCUCGCCCGUCUGCUCGUGACUUUUCUUCCUCAAAUUUCUCCUCCUACAGUAGUUUCAUCACCAGCUGCUUGUCUCUGUCAACCUACCUCCAGUACUCCUUAGAUAAAUUUGACCCGAUCCAGCCGAUUGAUUCAGUAGCCAUUCAGCUACUCCUGCCUUUCCUGGUCACCUUAUUCAGUCCUCCUCUACCCCUCCCCAUAACUUCUCCGUCACCGAUCCUCCCUUUGAACUUCUCUCGGUUGACAGCCAUGGCUAUGAAUAUCACAAAAGGCACCAGAGCUCUUGGAGCUCUGAGGCCUCUGGCAGCUCGUUCUGCCCUCAAUGCGCGCCAGUAUUCAACUUCCGAACCGGACCUCAAGACCACACUAAAGAGCGUCAUUCCCGCCAAGCGGGAACUUCUGAAGAAGGUCAAGGCACACUCGUCCAAGGUCAUUGGGGAAGUCAAGGUCGAGAAUACUCUUGGUGGCAUGCGAGGCCUCAAGGCUAUGGUUUGGGAGGGAUCUGUCUUGGAUGCGAAUGAGGGCAUUCGGUUCCACGGCAGGACCAUCAAGGAUUGUCAGAAAGAGCUUCCCAAGGGAAAGACUGGAACAGAAAUGUUGCCCGAGGCCAUGUUCUGGCUUCUUCUUACAGGCCAGGUCCCGUCUACAAGCCAGGUUCGCCAAUUCUCUCGCGAAUUGGCUGAGCAAGCUCAGUUGCCCGCCUUUGUCAACAAGCUUCUCGACGAUUUCCCCAAAGACCUGCAUCCAAUGACCCAAUUUGCCAUUGCCGUCUCUGCUCUCAACUACACCUCCAAGUUUGCAAAGGCCUACGAGCAGGGUAUCAACAAGGCUGACUACUGGGAGCCUACUUUCGACGACUCCAUCUCGCUGCUGGCUAAGCUGCCCACGAUCGCUGCCAAGAUCUACCAGAACUCCUACCGUGGCGGCGGCGCUCUGCCCGCAGAAGUAGACCUGGAGCAGGAUUGGUCUUACAACUUUGCUGCCAUGCUUGGGAAGGGUGGCAAGGCGAACGAGAACUUCCAAGAUCUCCUCAGAUUGUACCUCGCUCUCCACGGAGACCAUGAGGGCGGUAACGUUUCCGCCCAUGCCACUCACCUGGUUGGCAGCGCCCUUAGCGAUCCCUUCCUAAGCUACAGCGCUGGUCUUCAAGGUCUCGCGGGUCCUCUUCAUGGACUUGCCGCGCAAGAGGUUCUUCGGUGGAUUCUGCAGAUGAAGGACAACAUCCCCUCGUCCUAUUCUGAUAAAGAUGUCACAGAUUACCUGUGGUCCACCCUCAACUCCGGCAGAGUUGUCCCUGGCUACGGCCACGCUGUCCUGCGGAAACCCGACCCUCGGUUCGAGGCUCUGAUGGAUUAUGCCGCCGCUCGACCUGAGAUCGCACAAGACCCCGUCUUCCAACUGGUGGAAAAGAACAGUCGAAUUGCCCCCGAAGUGCUCAAGAAGCACGGCAAGACCAAGAACCCUUACCCCAACGUCGACUCAAGCUCUGGAGUCCUAUUCCAUCACUAUGGCUUCCACGAGACUCUGUACUACACCGCCACCUUUGGUGUCUCCCGUGGCUUGGGACCCCUUGCUCAAUUGAUCUGGGACCGAGCAUUGGGACUGCCCAUUGAGCGGCCCAAGAGCAUUAACCUGGAAGGUCUUCUUAAGCAAGCUGAGAGCUCGUGAGCCAAGUUAUCUUGAGCAAUGUAAUGGGGAAUUAGAUGAAUUUGACUACAAUAGCUUUGCUGGUAUCUAGAUAUAGCCGGAGUUUAUCCAGGAAUCUUAUGACACAUCAUCACAGGAUACAUCUUCCGAAGCUCUCGACACUUUUUACUGAUAUCGUAAGCCGAGUAACAUUCCGUAGUCAAAAACAAACUGUUGUCUACGACUGACGCAUGGCCUCUGGCUGUCAGUUUCUGGAUAAUACAUUCAGGC